CUAUCCUCUUCUCGAGACCAUGAUUCAUGCGCUUUUCAUGGCCACGUUCUCAUCUCUUCAGGGAUGGCCCCCAGCUCUCUAUCAUGCUCGAAACAACUAUGGAUUAGCUUUGUCAUUGACUCGAAAGGCGCGAUCCGGUCACCAAAAGAGGUUUUGUUGGAUAGAACUUUAUUCUCGGUGUUGCUCAUGAGCAUAUUUGAACGGCUCGCCAACGUAGAACAAGGAGCGCUAUGUUUUCGCAACGGACAUUUGAUAGGUGCAGUUGAGCUUAUGGUCUUGAGGGGUAAUGGUCAAUUUACAGACGAAGGGGGUGUUGCGAUGUUUUUGCAUCUAACUGAGCUUGUUGUUCUUGAUUGCCUUGCCAAUGAAGUUGAUAUCCCUUCCCGGUUUUUGGCAUUGCGACAACAAGCUCUUGAAGCCGGUGCGGACACAUCGUCACUAAGGUUGAGAUUCUUGGAAGUUAUGAUGUGGUAUGCACAGCUGGAGUACACCGCGAAAUCUUCCACUUCCGCAGAAGAUGUAAUUUAUCAAGCCAAAGCACUUGACGCAGAACUUGAUCGACUGUCCAAGCACCUGCCUUCUUUCUUCUCGAGAAAACAGAGUCCUGAACCCCCAAGCAUCCCGCCAACCAAGCCGGACAUAUAUCCUGAUUACAAUACACAAAGAUGCUGG